CAAUGCACUUUUUAUGGAGAGAGAGUGAGUUAUGAUUGCAAAAAUAUUGGUUGCUGUAACAAGAUAGAUACUUAGUGGUAACUAAGACCACAUGGGAGGCUUGAUUAUUUGCUGAGCAGAUUAUGCCUCAAAUCAUCAAUAUUCUUCAUGGAAGAGUAGAGGGAAGUGGAUGAAAAAGAAAUCAGUGACUUCUAGGAAGUGAUUAGAAAUCAUGUUAAAUACUUCUGAGCUGUACUGCUUAAAGCUAGCACAUGGAAGAAACUACUUUAAAGACAGAGAUUGGUGGAGAAGACGGAAGGACUGAUGAGCCUCUAAAGAAAUCUGUCCCCCCAGAACAGCAGCCCUGGAUCGAUGGCCUACAAGUGCUCAUGGAGACCUCAGUGGCCAGGUCAGACUUCGUGAACCCCAGCAUCCUCAUUGCCAUGAACCUGGCCGGCACCUACAAUGUGGAUGCCCAGAAGCUCCUGACUAACAAGCUCAUGGCCAUUGACAGUGCAGACCUGACAAGCGGGCAGCUCGCCCUCACCAUUAUGGCUCUCACCUCUUCCUGCCGAGACACUGAAAGUCAAGUAUCCAUUCUGCAAAAGAAAAUGGAGAACUGGGAACCUUCAAGCCCCGGGGCUGAUGCCUCAGCCUUCUAUGGACCUGGCCUGGCGAUCCUCGCGCUCUGCCAGAAGAACUCAGAGGCAACCUUGCCCAUUGCAGCACGUUUCGCUAAGACCCUGAUGAAGGACCCUUCUCCUUUCAAUGUGGACACAGGAGCAGUAUCAACCUUGGCCCUGACCUGCAUGUACAACAGGAUUCCUGUAGGUUCUGAGGAAAAUUACAGAGACCUGUUUGGUGAGGUACUGAAGAUUCUUGUGGAUAAUAUCAGCUUGAGGGUCAAACCUGAUGGCAUCAUCGGAGACAUCUACAGCACUGGCCUUGCUAUGCAGGCUCUCUCUGUGACACCUGAGCAACCUACGAAGAAAUGGGACUGUGAGAAGACUAUGGAUACAAUACUCAAGGAGAUUAAGCAGGGGAAAUUCCAAAAUCCCAUGUCCAUUGCUCAAAUUCUCCCAAUCUUGAAAGGCAAGACUUACCUAGACGUGCCCCAAGUAACUUGUGGUCCUGAUCAUGGAGUGCCACCAAUUGUAACUGACUAUCCUACCCCCAUCCCCACCUCAGUAUCUAACAUUACUGUCAAAUACACCAUAACCAACCAGCUGAAGGGGAUUGACCUGCUCUUCAAUUGGACCAUCGAGGUUAGUGUGAAAAGCGGAUCUGUGCUACUUGUUGUCCUAGAAGAAGCACAGCGCAAAGACUCCAAGUUCAAAUUUGAAACCAAAAUGACAUCUUGGGGCCUUAUGGUCUAUUCUAUCAACAAUAUUGCUGAAAAUGUUAAUCAAAAGACAUACUGGGAGAUCCUUAGUGGCAAAACACCUUUGAAUGAAGGUAUUGCUUACUAUAUUCCCUCCAACUAUGAGCACAUCACAGCCAACUUCACCCAGUACUGAGAAGGAGUGUUUCCUGCUGAAUAUGACCAAAGGAUGAAGUGGCUUUUAUUAUUUCGUUUCAAAUCUAUGCCAAGAAAAGUGGAUGUUAGCAAUGCUACUCUAUCCCUGAUUUUAAAAAAACACAGAGCCACUGUGUGGAAUAAACUGUGCACGAUGCAAAGUUCCUGCAGUACUCACCACUGUGACUCAUGAAAUAAAAUGUCUGGCUUCUCAAAA